AUGCGCAUUCAGGGACUUAAAUUUGCGACUGGACUUGGCAUUGGGAUGGGGGUCGGACUUGCUGGGAUCGCCGGAGGCGCGACAUCCUUGCUUCACACGCUGGCCGAGUUCUUGACGGGCGUGCGCAGGGCCGUGUGCGGACUCGAUUCCGCAGAGGUGGUGCGUCAGGCCGUCCAACGCUGGAGGGUACCGCGACCAGAGUUCGUGCUGCCCAUACUCCAAUGGGUGGGCCCGCGGCUCGUCCCCGAUCCCGACGCCGAAAGCACCUUGGAGAUGGAAGAGAUGAUCUGA